AUGUGGACCGCAUGUGACAACAUUUGCAGCGUCAUCUUCAGCCAGAGGAGUGUCCCGCGGCUUGGUCUGAAUCCAGCAGCAGUGCUCCAUCUGCCACACCCUGUAGCUUCGUCGCUCAUCGUGGAGGGCAUCUCAUUCAUCGGAAAACCCACCAAAUCGUACCACUUGUUGGUGACGGUGACAGCGGAGAUAGCACCCCACCGCGGUGUCGGUUCCAGCUCUGUGGUGCGCACCCUUCCUAAUUUGAAGCUGCUCAGCAGUGCCCAGUACAGAACCACAACAGCUCCGAAGGUGUAUUGUCUGGCCAGCACACCAAAACAAUCUGUGCUGGAGAUAUGA